AUGCCCGUCUGCAACACCACCCUCACGGACCUCUACAUCGAAGAGAAGCCCCUCUGGAAAGGCUUCACCUUCCACCACCUGGGCCUGUUCUUAACAGCAGUCUUCGGCGGCAUCGCCACCCUCAUCGGCCUCACCCUCAUCCUCCUCCACGCGACGCACUAUCUCAAACCCUACGAGCAACGGCACAUCAUCCGCAUUCUCCUCCUAAUCCCCAUCUACUCGGUAGUGUCCUUCCUGAGUUACCUGGAAUACCGACACGCGAUCUACUUUGACAUCCUGGAAGGGUGUUAUGAGGCUUUCGCGAUUAGUUCGUUUUUCACCCUGCUGUGUCAUUAUAUUGCGCCGAACUUGCAUGAUCAGAAGGAUUACUUCCGCACGCUGGUGCCGGUGAAUUGGUUCUGGGGGGUUUUUGGGCUGCAACUUAUUAGUGGGGGGCAAAAUAAGGGGCCUUUUAGGAAGCCGAGGAGUGGGUUGACUUGGUUUAAUGUGAUUUGGAUCGGCGUCUUCCAAUACUGCCUCAUCCGGGUGCUCUUCACGAUCGUCGCGGUCGUCACGCAAUUGAACGACGUCUACUGCGAAAGCAGCCUCUCGCCCGCUUUCGCGCACGUCUGGGUGCAGGUGUUUGAAGCGGCAUCGGUGACGGUGGCGAUGUUCUGUCUGGUGCAGUUCUACAUCCAGCUGAAGGCGGAUCUGGCGGAGCACAGGCCGUUUCUGAAGGUGUUGUGUAUUAAGCUGGUGAUUUUCUUUUCGUUUUGGCAGAGUAUCGUCAUCUCCUUCCUCUCCUCCAGCGACGGCCCUCUCCAGCCGACCAAGACUCUGGCCUACCCGGACAUCAAAGUCGGCAUCCCCAGCGUCCUGCUCUGCAUCGAAAUGGCCAUCUUCUCCGUGAUGCACAUCUUCGCCUUCCCCUGGAAACCUUACUCGCUCAAACAUUCCUACAAAGACCCCAUCCACGCCCCCGACUCGGGCUUCAGCGACGGCGGCCCCCCAGACGGCAUGAAGUAUAAGGGUUUCAUAUGGGCGCUAGCGGAUGCGUUUAAUCCGUGGGAUAUCGUGAAGAUGACCGCCCGGGGGCUGAGGUGGCUUUUCGUGGGGUCUAGAAGACGGCACGAUGAUGUCAGUUAUCAGCUCCCGCCCAAGGCGGCGGGGGAGACGAGGUAUGCUGGCCCGACGUACGCGGGGACUGGGGAGGCGGCGACGGAAUUGCAGAGGGCGCCGCAGGGAAGGGGGAGGAGUGAGACGGUGGCGGAGGACGAUCGAGCCGGGUUACUUGGGCAUGAGGCGAGGAUGGGCCGGGAGCCGAGCGCGAGUCCGUAUCGGACGUACAGCGAAGACGACUACGCGCCUGGCUUACCCCCCCGCCCACCUCCCGGGACUGCUGUCGGCGGACGCAGAGGAGGUGGGGCUGGGUACGACUACGACAUGAAGCCCACCCACUUCCGCCCGUCCGACUCCUCCGACGACACCGGGCCCUACCACCCCGGCUACGGCCCCGCGAGCUCAGGUCCCGCGGCCGCGGGAGCGGGAGCAGGGGCGCAGGGGAUUGGAGGUGGUGUGCAUCCGGCUUUUAGGACUAGUGUGGAGCAGCAGCGGCAGCAGCAGGAUUGGGAUGUUUUUGCCGGGCAGGGGAGGGUGGAGACGGGGUAUAGGCCGUAUGAGGGGGUGUAUCCUGAUAGGCGGUUAUAA